CCUCCCUCUUCUGUACCGUAGGACUCGAGCCUGGCUCCUGGCGCACGCUUGGGGUUCGCUGGCCCUCACUCGGUGCCUAACAUGAAGCAUAGGCCACAGUGUGCGUGGCCCGGAGCCUCCUCCAGGAACCGGCCGGCGAAGAACGGGUCGGUACGGGCCCGUCGUACCUUGGCUGAGCGCUGCAAAGCGGCUACCGAGGUCGAAAACUGCCCGCAGAGGCCUAGCACAUCCGAAGGCGAUGAGCAGAGCCGGGAAUCGCCGGCCAUACUGGUAGAGGAUGGCAUCUGUGCGACUGUCCUGGCCCCUGGGCAGAAACUUACUUUCAACGGCAAGUGCAGUUUGACGUGUCUGUACGGCAGUGUGCAGGUACUGGGCUACGUCAUCCACCGGAGCCAGGCUGCCUACGAGCUGUUCUCUCCGAACACACAUUCACCGCUGACCAUCGAAGGACUCCUGAACAAGAAGUCAUCCAAGACGCGAAAAGAGAUCCGCAUGGAGGCCAGAUCAAUGCUGCGAGGAUAUCUGUCUCUGGAUUGUAGACGGGCUGUGAUGAAAAACUUUAAGUCCACGUCUUCCAUUAUUCUGCUGGAACGUAUAGAAGAUGCAGCAACAAAUUAUAUCCGCAGUCACCCAGAUUACGCCACUAUAUUCUCUACAAAAUUGAAAGAAAAACGUUCACCGUCGUUUGACAGCAAGGUUCUAAGUUCCGUGGGAAUUGAAGAUCGUGAUGUAAAUAGCGGCAUCAGAAUGCCCGACGAGUAUGUGUCGGCAGUGCAGCAGUUAGUUCGCGCGUGUGUAGAAGAAGAUAGUGGCUGCCCUAUCAUUCUUGUUUGCGGUCCAAAAAAUGUUGGGAAAUCAACUUUCAAUAGAUGUCUAAUCAACCAAUUAUUAAACCACAUAUCAUGCGUUGGCUACCUUGAGUGUGACUUGGGGCAAACCGAAUUCACUCCUCCGGGAUGUGUGGCCUUGAUGCAUGUUACAAAACCAGUUCUCGGUCCACCCUUCACUCACCAACGGGACCCGCAUAAAAUGGUUUACUUUGGGGAAACCAGCUGCGAACAAGAUAUGGAGCGGUUUAUCGAAUCGGUGAAAUAUGUCAUCGUGUCUCAUAAAAGAGAACAUCCUCUGAUUGUCAACACGAUGGGAUGGGUAAAAGGAUCCGGGCUGCUGCUUCUAAUCGAUUUGAUUCGUCUUAUGUCCCCGAGUCACAUUGUUCAAAUCAACGCUAAGGGUAUUAAUGACAUGGAGCCCCUGACGCUGAGCUACGUUGAAAACGCCCCUGGCUUCCUUACCAAAAGUAGCUAUCGAGCCCAAAGCAGAGACUUGGGAAUAGAGAUUUCUGAAGACGAAGAACCAGACUAUGCAGAUGGCCUUUAUUAUAAGUCUGUGGGACAUUCUCUCAUUCCCCUCGAGACUGAUUUCAGUGGAGCAGGAGAGGCCGGAAAUGUGCGAUGCCAUAGUGGAAUCUUGCGCGAUCUCGCGAUGCUGGGCUAUGUCAGCAAGUUGCAGCAGUUUGACCCUGAACAGGUUAUUCCAUUAAACAGUAUGCUGCCCUAUGAGGUGCCGUUUAACGCGGUCGCAUUGCGUGUCAUUCAUUCAGAUGUUGCCCCUUCGCACAUCAUGUACUCGGUCAACGCCAGCUGGGUCGGGCUCUGCCGGAUGCUAGAUGAUAUUAACAGCGUGAACGAUGGCCCUGUGAUAUUAACUCAGACGCCAAUCUGUGACUGCUUGGGAUUUGGAAUUGUUCGGGGGAUUAACAUGGAGAGAAAAGUAUACCACAUCCUAACGCCAGUUCCGCCCGAGACCCUACGAACGGUAAACUGUCUGCUGAUUGGAAACAUUUCCAUUCCUCAUUCCAUCUUGAAGAACCAGCCUGGAAUUAAAGGGGAAAUUCCAUAUGUAACUUCAGACUAUGACUUUACCAUUUAUGGAGCCGGCAAAAUGAAGAAAAACAAGCAGUUAAAGAGACGGGAACACCAAUAAUACCCAAAAAAAAUCCAGGGAUCAUAAAGUAAAUUGAAUCGUUUUGUUUUAAAUUAUUCCCACUUUCCCGGUGGCCAAGAACCCAUAGAAUAUCAUUGUGUAAAUAUGUUUGUUUUUUUUCUACAUAAAGUUCUGUUUACAAAGACUUGUUCUGCCAUGAGUUUGUCAAUAAAAGUUGUUUGUUAAAACAAAGCAAAUUUGUAAAAAAUAUUGGUUAAGCGGAAGAAAUGAUUUAUAGUGCAAACUUCUGACAAACUUGUUUCAUAUUUACAGAGUAUUUUUUAUUACCAAAAAAUAAAAUGAGCUACAAGGUCGUGAACGGGAUUGAGUCUUAACGUAGAAGUCCCAGUAUUUUUAGUCCAAAUUUUUAUACAUGCGCGGGGUAACGGGCGCUUU